AUGGGACAGGUCCCCGCAGACGCUAGCCCCCAGGUCAGGAUGUCGGGGCGCCUUCUGGCCGGCGGGGCGGGGAGAGGCGUGCGGGAGACACCCGGCGCGGCCACACAGUGGGUCCGGCCCGCGCCGCCGCCGCACGUGCGCCGCCGCGAGCGCGAAGGGGCGUCGGGCCCCGCGCUCCUCGCGGUCAAAGUCAACCCAGCGCAUCAGCCUGCCCUCCGCUCGUCCGGGGCCUCCGCGGACUUACAGGUAAAAGUCAACCGAGAAGCCCUCCUUUUCUCCGAAAGGUAUCUGCGCCCAUCCCUCGUCCCCUCCCUGAAGAACCCGGAGGCGCGAUUUCAUCCCAAACCCACCCUCGGAGUAGGGAGACCUCGCCAAAGCGGAAUACAAGUAAGACCAGGACAUAUCCCGGGUGAAGCGGGUCCUGCUAACCGUGGACAGGGGAAAGAGCGCGAGCGGGGGCAGCAGUCGAGAUGCACGAUCAUCCCCAAGUGUCACUAG